CUCCCAUCUAUAUCAAGUCGGUUCAGUCACCAUUACACCGCCAUCCCGCACCAUGUCAACCCAGACAGAAGAACGCCUCGAACUCUCCACCCUCACCAGCAGCUCCCCUCCCACCAACACACUAUCCAAUGAACCCCCAGAGUCCGCAUACUCUACAACUGCGAUCCCAGAUGGUGGCUAUGGUUGGACCAUCGUUUUCUCCUGCGCCCUCCUCACCUUCUGGUUUAACGGAAUGAUAAACUGCUGGGGUGUUCUCCAAACAGCUCUCCUCGAUAGUACGCUCCGCCAAGUCUCUACCUCCACAGUUUCAUUCGUUGGAUCACUUGGUCUCGCAUGUGGAGUUGCAUUUGGCCUCUUCGCAGUUCGUCUAAUGCGGUGGCUGGGUUCCCGGACGACGGCUUUGCUUGGCAUUAGUAUCAUGAGCGCUGGCUUGAUCGGAAGCGGAUUCACGACGAGUAAUGUAGCGGGGUUAUUCGGCACGAGUGGGUUUCUCGCGGGUAUAGGCAUGUGUCUCGUCUACGCUGUUUCCAACGCCGUGCCGGUGCAAUAUUUUAGCGGGAAACUCGGUCUCGCGAACGGGCUUGUCAAACUUGGCGGCGGUAUCGGCGGAACCGUCAUGGCUGUCUCACUCGAUGCGCUGGCUAGACGCGUAGGAAUCGAAUGGACGUUUCGGAUCCAAGGGCUUCUUACCUUUAGUACCGGUAUCCCUGCAGCGUGGUUAUUGAAAGAUCGUGUGCCGCUUCGGAACGCACCAUUUGUUGAUCUGGAGAUGUUUCGCUCAGUGCCAUUUAUUGCUGUUUUUCUGGCUGGGGCGGUAGGCACCUUUGCGCUGUUUGUUCCCCCGUAUUUUCUCCCGUUGUUCGCGCAGUCUAUUGGAUUGAGUUCGAGUACGGGUGCAGGAUUAGUCGCAGGGUUCAAUGCGUGUAAUGCGGUGGGGAGAUUUCUGGCUGGCCCGCUGUGUGAUAAAAUUGGGCCUGUGAAUAUGUUUCUUAUCACUAUGUUGCUGAACGCGGUAAGUAUGUUAGCAAUUUGGCCGGUCUCGGACGCCUUAGGGCCUUUGGCUGUUUUCGCCAUGUUAAAUGGUGUGGCAAAUGGGUCGUUCUUCACGACUUUACCUACGGUCGUAGCAAGCAUGUUCGGGCCGGGUCGCGCGGCUGUGGCGAUGGGGAUGGCGGUGACGGGUUGGACAGGAGGCUACCUUAUGGGAGCACCUAUUGCUGGUUAUUUGCUGCAAGCGGGUGGGGGAAGGGAAGAUGGAGGGAGGCAGAAAAUUAAUGUUUAUCGGCCGGCUAUCUUCUAUGCUGGCGGGAUUGCUCUUGCAUCAAGCAUGUUCGUACUUUUUGCGAGGGUGAAGAUGGACAGGAGAGUUGUGAAACGGAUUUGACAGACUCAAUAACUAGAAAGAAACGAG